AUGAUAGCUUGUACAGAUUUCCUCUCUCUGUUCACUCUUUCUUGUUUGAUCCUCUAUUGGGUCUGGACCAAGUACGGACACGGACAUGCCCUACUUCGCCUUGAAGCCUGCACGCCCCGGAAGGCCGAAAAAAGCUUGUUUGCUGGGCACGGAAAGGCCGGCAUCGAUCGUGGCAGUGGAGCCGAGGAGUUACAGAUGCUGAAAGAAACGUACUUCAAGCUCCAGAACCUUGAAGCCUUUCCUACUAUUCUCCCAGCCGCCCGACAACUGCUGUGCCAAAUGCUUUCCGGGGCCCUUCUGGAUGCGACCAAAAGAGCCCAGUCCGAUAUCCUCGGUCUAGGAGAGUUUACCCCAGGCAAACUGGGGGAAUUCGUCCGGACCGCCGAAGCCGAAACAAAGACGCAAUGGGAGAAUUAUCUGGCAAGAAGAACAUCGGGAUCCCGGAGGGAGCUCUUCCCCGACGCAGAACGCGCCAGAGAGUGGCUUACGCAGAAGGCUCCUCUCAAGUACGUGGACGGUGCAUGGCUGGGCCAUAUUCACAAAGUCACCACUCCUUUUGCCCUUCGUCGCGUCACCAAGGACGCGUGGCAAGUGUUGUCGGAAGAGCUCGGAGAUGGUGACUUGCGCAAGAAUCAUGUUUUUCUCUACCAACAGCUGCUUGGGCAGGUCUCCUCUCACUUACCAGCCGGGGACUCGGAGGAUUUUAUUCACCCCCGUCAUGGACUGGACGACAUCGGGGUUUGGAGAGCGGCGGUCGCCCAAUUGCUCAUCUCGCUCUUCCCGCAUGAAUUCCUCCCGGAGAUUUUAGGGUUCAACCUGCAUUUUGAAGGCUUGACCUUGACCACGAUCCAGGUGGCCCAUGAAUUGAAAGAGCUAGGGAUAGACCCUUACUACUUCCUUAUCCACAUUACAAUCGACAAUUCCGACUCGGGACAUACCGCAAUGGCAUUGGAGACCGUUGUCAAAUACCUCGACACCGUCCGAAUCCGAGAGGGCAACACCGGGGCUCAAAAAGCCUGGAAGCGCAUCCAGGCGGGAUAUGUCCUGUCGGAGCGAUCUGCCACCGUCUCCGUACGAAGAUCGAAGGAUCAAAAGGCAGUGCCAGUAACCGAGGAUCUUGCUGAGGCCGUCACCAACAUAUUCCAAGCAAAAGCUGCUGCCGCAGACAAGAUCCAUUGCGCUAGUCGUAUGACAAUCGGCGGUCGCUCUUUGGUCGAAUGGCUCGAUCCAAUCCACAUCGGCGACAGCAAAUGGCAGCUGGAUUUUCUCUGCGCCCUGGCGAACUGCACCCCCUGGGUGAAGAGGGGCGACAGUGAGGGCAGCAGGCUCAUUCAUGAACUCUGCUGGGGCGGCCGGAUGUUCGGGUCGUUCACGCACCACGAAGUUGAAACUGUGAAGAACUGGAUCGACUCGUUGGACAACUUCUACAUGUUCUUCGUCGGGAACCGAGACGACCUACGGGCCGCUUCACCGGACGGGGAUAUUCGUUACGAAUAUCCCGUCUUUUCCUCCCUGAGCGGGCUGGGUCUCCUAGGACAACCCGCCCCGAUUGUGCCCAGUGAGGAGCCGUUCGUCCUUCCCCGUGCGAAUCGCGCUACCAUGACGAGAAUCCUGCCGUUGUGGCUCACCCAUCCCUGCCUCCUGGAGGGCUUUGUGACCGUCCCCUUCAAAACAACCAAUGCCCUCCACUGUACAGUGAUCCGUCUUCUCCGAAGUCAAUAUGGGUUCGGAAUCGAACGACACGGCGUCGAAGGCAUUGACGAGGUUCAUCGAGAUGCGGUUGGCCUCGUCGAGCUCGGACUCGAGUUGGCCAGGACGUCUGGUGCAGAAGGAGUGGGCUCCCUUCGAGAUGCUCUAGAGCGGUGGCCGUCUGAUUUCGCCACGACAAUGCUACACCUGUCUAUGCAGCCUACGCGACACCGAGGCUUGUUGCUCGGGAUGACUAGCGCUUUUGUCAGUCUCCAUGAGUCUGUUGCGUCUUCCGACCUGCUCUCCCCCAAACUGAGACGGGUUCUGCGGGACAUUGUUGCUCGAGAGCAAGAGAGCUUACAGAUUUGUAGAGAUGAACUCCGUGGAAAUGGACGGGAAUAUGGUGAUUUUUUUCGGGGGGUUGCGCUAGCGAAAAGGGAGAUUCUUGCAGUGCUUUGA